GGUGCUCCUCUGUGCGUCUCUGGCUCUUGCCUCAGUCUGCGGCUCUCAUCAGCUCAAGAUUUAGUGACGACUGUGAGACUCGGCCAUGGCUGCAACUGGCUCGUUCCGGAUGGUCUCGGAGGAGGAGCAGGCCAUGAGGUCCAAACUGGAGCAUCUGACGGUGAAGGAUCAUGGCCCUGUGUUUGGAGUUUGCCAGAAACUGCCCCCCCACACAGUGCAGAAGGCUAAAGAUGAGCUGAAUGAGACCCCUGAGCGGAGGGGGGCCUCUUUGAAGGAGCUGAGGGCCCUGAUGCGAGAGCGCGCUGAGGGGGAUGACCUCGGCACACUCAUCCUGGACACCUUUGGGGAUAAACCAGAUGCCCUGUUGCUGCGUUUUCUCCGAGCGCGCAAGUUUGAUGUGUCCCGCGCCCACGAGCUUAUGAAGGGCUAUGUGCGCUUCAGGAGAGAGUACCCCGAGCUGUUUGAGAACCUGACCCCUGAGGCGGUCCGCAGCACCAUCGAGGCCGGGUACCCUGUGGUGCUCCCCAGCAGAGACAAGUACGGACGGGUGGUCCUGCUCUUCAACAUCAACAACUGGGACCUGGAGGAGAUCACCUUUGAUGAGAUCUUAAGGGCCUACUGCGUGAUCCUGGAGAAGCUGCUGGAGAAUGAGGAGACCCAGAUCAAUGGAUUUGUGCUCAUUGAAAACUUUAAGGGCUUCACCAUGCAGCACGCCUCAGGCAUCAAGCCUGUCGAGCUCAAGAAGAUGGUGGACAUGCUGCAGGACUCGUUCCCUGCGAGGUUUAAAGCCGUCCAUGUGACCCACCAGCCCUGGUACUUCACCACCACCUACAAUGUGGUCAAACCCUUCAUGAAGAGCAAGCUGCUGGAGAGGGUGUUUGUCCAUGGAGAGGAGCUGGACAGUUACCUUCAGGAGUUUGAUGUGAACAUCCUGCCCUCAGACUUCGAUGGGAAAUCCCCCGUAAUGGACUACCGCUCCAUCGCCACCAAGCUCUUCGGCUCUGAGGACACAGCGCUCUAAAAGUGACUACACUUAUGUCACUUAUUGUAGAGAUGUGAGAAGGUUAUGUGUUAUGCUAGCAGAGGUCAGAGGUCAGAGGAGAGUGGAGUGGUUCUAGCUGAAGGUACUUGGAUGUUUAGACAUGAUUAUAUUGAGUUGUUAGAGGUUUUGUAGAGGAGCUAACACAACCUAACGUGCCUAUAGAUUCUGAAGGUUCUGUGACUUAAAGUGCAUUUGACAUAUUUAUAUAUUGUACAAAUGAUCGGUAAUAGGAAGAAUACUGACAUCAUGUACUUAAGUAAAAGUAAAGUUAUAUGAGUAAAAUAUACUCUGUAGUACUGUAGCCAAUAAUGUACUUAAAGUGAAACUAAAUACUAAAUCCACUUUUUUGCACCUAAACUGUGUGUGGUGUUGUAGUAGCAUUAUCUACUGUUCCUUUUGGCAACCAGUGUAAACCAGGCAGGUUUCAGUUAAAAACGGCUAAAUCAAAGCUUUUGCUGUCUUCAGUGACUUCUGCAGUUUCAAGUAGUUGGUGAUAUGACACAGAACUGCCCUGAUUACAGACAGGUGUUUCAGAUCACAGGGGUGGAGUUUUAAGUUCUUCUCGGCCCCGCCUUUAGUCCCCCAUGUUGUUCUUUUAGUCCUCCAGAUCACACUCUGAUAAACAUUUGAUCAAACAAGGAAAAAAUUACAUUUAGUCAUUUUAAACCUCAAUCAGCAUAAUCUCUGAGCUCUGCCCAAUCAGAGAAAAGACGAGGCAAAACAUUUUCAAUCGAAUGAUGUGACCUGUUUUAGUGAAAUGCAUAGUCGAACCUGUUCUCUGCACUUUAAACAGGGAGCACAUGGGCCUAGAAUCCUGCACAGUUAAAGGUAAUGCAUAUAAGGUGGAGGAGAUCAAAGCUUGUAUGUGUAUUCCUGCACUGAACUGCCCUCUGUACUGCCACGGCGCUGUUAUGGCUUUGAAAUAUUUAAAUAAACUACUUUUCUGUGUGGA